AUGAAUGAUGCAAGAGACUACGUAGCUGCAGAAAAUGAUAAAGGUAUUACUGUCAUGAAAUGGCGUGAUAAAAGAGAAGUGUCAUUACUGUCAACUAAACAUUCAACGAAGUUUGUUAAGACUAGUAAUAGAAGGAGCCAAACGGCGAACAAACCACAAAUUGUAAUUGAUUAUAACAAAGCCAAAUCCGCCGUAGACCUAUCAGAUCAGAUGACAGCGUACUCAUCACCUCUGAGAAAAACGAUGAAAUGGUACCGAAUGCUAGCAUGCGAAUUGUUGUGGAAUAUAGCAAUUGUAAAUGCCAUGGUUCUCUACAAGACUACAUAUAACAAAGCAUUAUUUAUGUAG